AUGAACUCCUCCGCCUUCCUCCGCAUGGCCUACCUCUUCAACCCCUUCAUCGGCCUCUCAUCCGCCACCACAACCACAACAACAGCAACCUGCACCACCAACAACAACACCGCCGGCUUCACAAACCCCAUCAUCGGCCCCUCCACCGGCGGCGCCUCAACCUGCAUCUCCGGCACCGUCCCCCUCACCCUCAACACCACCGGUCUCAACAUCCUCUACUCGGCGCCCCAGAACCAGGCCGCAGUCACAGAGUCUCUCGUCGAGCUCUUCCAGUCAGACUCCGCCUGGGUCGCCCAAGUCACCGCCGGCGGGCCCAGCGUCAUCUCCGGCACCUACGACAUCUUCAUCAAGCUCUGCCUCCCCAAUAACGAAUCAUCCUCAUCAUCAUCAUCAUCAUCAUCAUCCCAUAUCAAAACCGUCCAGCUCCUCACCCACGGCGCCACCCUCGACCACACCUACUGGGACAUGGCCCCCGGCCACAGCUACGUCGACGCCGCCUCCGCCGCCGGCUACGCAACCCUCUCCUACGACCAGCUCGGCGUCGGCCUCUCCGCCCACCCAGACCCCAUCCAAGCCGUCCAGGCAUCCUCCCAAGUCGCCAUCACCCACCAGCUCGUCUCCCUCCUGCGCAGCGCCCAGCUAGCCGGCCUCUCCUUCGACCACGUCGUCGGCGUCGGCCACAGCGCCGGCAGCACCCUCACCCAGGGCAUCACGACCCAGCACCCGUCCGACCUUGACGCCGUCAUCCUCUCCGGCACCAGCGCCAGCGCCGCCUCCGUCGCCCUCACCGUCGCCGCCUUUAACCUCGUCAACGCAAACGCCGACCCCGCCGCGCCGCCCCAGCUCAAGUCCUUGCCCGCGGGCUUCCUCACCCAGCAGUCCGCCGCCGGCAUCCAGUUCGCCUUCUACCGCUACCCAAACUACGACGAGGCCCUCUUCGACCAGCAGGUCGCCAACAAGCAGACAAAUACCCUCGGCGUCCUGCUCACGCUUGGCGGCAUCGUCGCGCCGUCGACCGAGUUCACGGGGCCCGUCCAGAUUGUAAACGGGCAGCAUGACCUCGUCUUUUGCGGCGGCAACUGUCUGUAUCCGACGGAUCAGAACGUCGUCGCUCUCCAGACGUUUUAUCCAAAGGCGGCAAAGGGGAGUUCGACGUACAUUGCCGCGGGUGCUGGCCAUUGUAUUGCUGCCCAUAAGAGCGGACCCGAUAGCUUCAAGGAGAUGAUUCAGUUCUUGCAGGCCAACGGCCUGUGA